AUGCGUGGUUUCAUUGUUUUGUGUUUGGUAGCGGCCGUAUGCGCCGACAAGUUGGGCUACAACUACAGGCCAGUUCCACACUCUUCAUCUGGACUAUCCUUCGCACCUGGCAGUGGCAGCGUUGGUGGCGAUGGUUACAGCGGUGUGGGCUCAGGUGCUGAUCUAGAUGGUUACGGCAGCUCUGACAGUCUGGGUGGUCUUUCUGGUGUCGGCGGUGGAUUUGAUGCUGGCGCACCCAGCAGUUUGUCCCCUACAGUGUCACAGGAGGCCAACAAGGAGUUCUACACAUUUACCGCUCCUGAAGAGGAAUUCGAGGAUGCUGAGGGUGCUCAACAAUUAGCUCAUUCUCUGAAGAAGAACGUACGUGUUGUCUUCAUUAAGGGACCCGAAAACAAUGGCUUGGAGAAGGCUGCCCUUGCUUUGGCCAGAAAUGCUGCCGAACAGAAGACCGCUAUCUAUGUGCUGCAGAAACAACAUGACCUCGGUGAUUUGGCAAACAAAUUGCGAGCUGUGAACGAUCAGCGCAAUCAACAUCCAGAAGUGCACUUUGUCAAAUACCGCAAUCAGGAUGACCUUGCCAAUGCCAAGCAAACCAUUCAAUCGCAGUACGAUCGUGAGCCUGGUGCAUCUCAGAAUUACAAUGGUGGCGUUGCUCCAUUGAUCAACUUUGCUUCGCCAUCCCGUCCAGUCCAGUCGUACGGACAACAACAACAACAAUACUACAGUCCUUCAGCCAGCAACACCAACGCAAAUUACUUGCCACCCUCGCUGUUGAGACGUCUCCGUUUCUAG